GACAGACGUCAUAACAUUAACAACUGUUAAACAUGUGAGGAGUGCAUGCGAGCUGUCUCUUAUUAUUUUAAAACAUUAAUACUUCAUUGUAUAGUAUGAAUAGGUAGGCAUGCAUGAGAAGAAAGCAUGCGUGUUUUAAGCUGACGAAGGCAUGUGAAAAAUCACCAGUCAGUAUUAGUUUUAUAGAAACUGUGUUAUGGAUGCAGUUAAAGAAUGCUUGAGAAAUGUUCCUAAAGAAGCUCGGGAGCUUUAUCUUAAUGAUGCAGUGCCAUACCUGGAUGGGCCGCUCUCUCCACUUCAGUUUUAUCGUGACUGGAUUGGUCCCAACAAGCCCUGCGUCAUUCGCAAUGCCUUCAGUGAUUGGCCAGCUUUGUCUAAAUGGAACCCCACAUAUCUCAGAGAGAAAGUGGGCUCCACGGUCAUCAGUGUGGCUGUCACUCCAAACGGAUACGCAGAUGCCGUGAACGGGGAUCGCUUUGUGAUGCCAGAGGAGCGUCAGAUGACCUUUAGCUCUCUGCUGGAUAUCGUCGAGGGGAAGGUGAAGUGCAGCGGUGUGUUUUACGUUCAGAAGCAAUGCUCAAAUCUGACUGAGGAGUUACCGGAGCUGACGGGAGACGUACAGACUCACAUCCCCUGGAUGAGUGAAGCUCUGGGAAAACAGCCUGAUGCUGUAAAUUUUUGGCUUGGGGAGGAAAGCGCCGUCACAUCAAUGCACAAAGAUCAUUAUGAGAACCUGUACUGUGUGAUCUCUGGACAGAAAGACUUUAUUUUGCUUCCACCGACUGAUAGACCUUUCAUACCGUAUGAGCUCUACCAGCCAGCGACAUACAGACAGAAAGAGGAUGGCAACUUUGAAAUAGUGGAUGAGGAAGAUACAACCAAAGUGCCCUGGAUCCCUCUAGACCCCCUGAACCCAGAUUUUGAUAGAUAUCCCUCCUACAGGCUGGCGAAACCUCUGCUCUGCACUGUGAAAGCUGGAGAGAUGUUGUACCUGCCCUCCCUCUGGUUCCACCACGUUAGACAGUCUCAUGGCUGCAUAGCCGUGAAUUUCUGGUAUGACAUGGAAUAUGAUAUCAAGUACAAUUACUUCCAGCUUGUGGAGUCCUUGACAAACGUUGUUGGAUCACUGUGAGCCUGUUCAAAGGUGAAGAUUUGGCUGCUGGCUUUACACCUGGAGACUUCAUGAGAUAUGCAUGUACAUUUUCCGUGAUAUAGAAUAUAUAUUGCAAUAAACAAUGCAGUUUAACAUGUAAUAAAUACAGUUUUAUUUGUUUUAAUUUCUUUGAGAAAGAGAUUUCAGGUGACAGAGAAUAGAAACACUUGACUUCGGUUUGGAGCAAAAGGUAAGACAAAAUCACAAGUUUCCAAAAAGAAACAGUCUUAGAGAGCACUGGUCCAUCUGUAAUGCUAGAAUACAUCUUGAUCAACUGUCAAUAGGUUAGAUGAAAGCAGAGCUGGUCACCACAGAGAGAUAGCGCUGAAAGCAGGUUUGCAUGAUUGUUCAUGAGGAGCAGGUCAAGCAUACAACCAUGCAUUCUAGUUCAGGGUGCGAGCCCUCCAUAAAUUCUGCCUUUCUUCAUGCAUAUGCAGUGUAUUCAUGCUGAUUCUGACACAGUACUUUUGUCCUACUGUAUGCAGUCCUACUGUACGGUUUUCACUUCUGCUACAUCACUAGCACACUAGCUAGCUAAAUCAAAAUUUGUUUGGGUUUACAUUAUAUAUAUCAUUUUUAUCUCAUGCAUUUUCAGUCUUGCUUAAAGCCAUCGCACUUGUCAUGAGAUGGCAAAUAAGAGUUGCAUACAAUAAUGGAUUUAAAUAAAUCUAUUUAACUACAAGUCUGCCAGUGCAAUCUGCCAUUGGUGAAAAGGGGUAUGUAACAGUUGGGUAAAAAUUUGCAUUGUUGUUGCAAUUGCACAUUUUGCAUCUUUCAUUGUUAAUAAAUUUGUACCAAAAUACAAGAGAAUGUGACAGAGGUGGAACUAAGCAUCAAGUCAAUAAAUAGAAUUUAUGCAUCUCAGACACCAGGCAAGUUGCAGCUGAACUAGUUGCAGUGUUGACUUAAGCUGGGUGUACACUGUGCAA